AUGUCUGGUGGCCAGCCAGACCCCCAGAUCGCAGGAAAGUCGAGGGGGUUAAUUCUCUAUUUGAUUGCUGUGGACUGCAAUUGCCGCCGUCAAGGCGUUGCCAAGAUACUCACGACGUGGUGGUUGAAUGAGGCAGACAAGUCAAUGAGGAAAUAUGGCUCAUUGCGUCUCCUCAAGGGAGACGGUUGGGAGCAGUCGAGUCAGCACAAUGACACACGCAAAAAGCUGUUGAUUCUUCGACUUCUCUGGACAAUAAUAUUAUGGUGCUUGAGCUAUGAAUACGUGCUCUGCACUCAUGUUUUGCCAAGUCUUGAGCAUGCAGCUUCUUUCCCUCCACAGACCCAGUCAACAAGCAUAAAGAUAAAGCCGAGUGAGCUGGGUGACUGGCCCAAAUACCAGGGGUCUGUAAACGAUGCCGAUCGUGCCUCAGUUGCUGUUGCGCUGCCUCGGACAACACGGCCCAAGAUAUCUCCCCCGCCCCAUAUCAACUCCAAAACAAAGUGUCCUGAUCGACAUGACGCGACUAGUGCCAUCUGUCGCCCCGGAUUCCCCUGUUGGACACCUACGCUUGCGAUGUCAAAGCCUCAGACUCAACAUCUAAUGACAUUGAGGCCUACCGCGCGAGACACGAAGACAAGCUUGACAAUGACGAACCCAUUGUGGUGUCUUGGGAUGGACCGUUCGAUCCAGAAAACCCCAAGAAUUGGAAAGGAGCUCGCAAUGGGGCACGACCAUUCUUGUCUCCUGCUUUACAUUCGUCUCGCCCUUCUCGUCGACUAUGGUGACCCCGUCUCUGGACGUCAUCACCCGAGACCUCCAGGUUCCAACGGGGCUUAUGCAGCAGCUGGUCAUCUAGCCAAGGUCAUGUACUUGGUGUUUAACCUAGCUUGUGGGUUUGCACAAACAAAGGAGCAGAUGCUUACGUUCCGAUUUCUGAGCGGCGUAGGAGGAAGCGCUCCUCAAGCUGCAGAUGUGCCAUGGCAUCUUGGCGGACUGCUGACGGAAAGAAGAACGGGGCAAGGGCCAAGCGAUAUACGGGAUACUCACGUUUCUGGGACCGGUUCUCGCACCUAUUUUAGGGGCACACGCAAACAUUUCUUGUUGCCCGCGUCUGACGAUAGAGGCGAUAGACUGUCCACAUUUCCUAUCGUCUGGGCAGGGACACACUGGAUAUUGCCCAAUCUCGGCUGCAUGAUACUUGCCACGGGGCUCAUCAUUGCUUUUCAGAGUGCUCAGGCAUACGUGGAGGAUGCAUACAACGAGCAUUACGCAGCGAGUGCCGCUGCUGCUGGUGCGUUUCUACGUACAAUGUUUGGCUCUAGCUUUCCAUUGUUUGCGCCGAAAAUAUACCAAGUUCUUGGACUUGGAUGGGGAAACUCCCUCCUUGCAUUCACCACCAUUGGCAUUGGUGUAUUAGAUCCUACUCUCUCCGUGCCGUAUUCUCAUGUGCCGAUCGAGGCUGUCUUUCCCCACCAAGCAGUACCACCUCUUUUGAUUCAACAGCCGUCUAUGAACGGAGUUGACGUGACGCUCAAGUCCUGCAUUCUGGCUAAACGCCUUUAUGCAGCCGGCCUCCUCGCACUUGAACGGGCGGCGGACCGCCGCUUCCCCGAACAACCCAGCUGGGAUCCACAUAUUGGAGAGAUCGGUUUUCGUGGUGAUGAUGUAGUUGAUCGGAUUCAGAUGGCCCUGCCGGAGUUUGAACUGAAAUUAGAGACCGACCCGGUUAAAAAGCCCUACUGCCCCCAAUAUCUCUCUCACGAGGGCAGGUUUACCGCUUUCAUGUCGUGGGCUGCCUUCCCAAGAGAAUCCGCACUCGACAGCACGAGCGAAACAAGGACCGAUCUUGUCCAUCUCACUCCACCUUUUGCCGUUCAGCUCGUCAGGCAGAAGAACUACGGUGCGCUUGAGUCAAAGAAGUAUUUCAUCCCAGACAGGGACAAUCCCAACGGGUCUCUCGAGGUAGUCGAAGAUGACUUGAUUCAAGCCAAUUUCCAAAAACUCAACACGUACAAGAACUACAAGUGCGAGGCUCACGACAAAUUCUACGAAGUCAACAUUUAUCAGAAGGAUCCGGUGAAUAAGCAUCACUGGCGAGCGACGCUAGCGAGACCGGCUCGUGAUAUUGACCUAGGCCAGUGA